AUGACUGGCAAGAAACGCGCUGCGGAGGAAGAGUCUGCGGGCCCGACGACGCGGUCCGCUAAGGCGCCCAAGACCGAGAAGGCAGAGACCGCAACACCGGCGCGGGGACGGCGAGGGAGCAAGAAGGGGCCAAAGGCGACCAUGGCUGCGUCGCAGUUUAAGGCGCGCGCGCUGCCCCUACACGUCAACCUCACACAUACGCCCCCGGUACUCGACCCGACCGCGGAGGGGAAGGAGGGCGCUGUAUCUGUGUCGCAUAUGGACGCGGGCUUCAUCGGGACGACCACACUCGUGCCGAGUACGUUCGCUACGGGGAGCUAUGGAUGGAAGGGGAACAAGCGCAUCACGAUUGAGCUCCCGAGCGCGGAGGGCGAGGAGGGCGAGAAGGAGAAGGUCCAUGUCAUGUUGACAAUCAACGCGACCGUCAUGGGCAGCAAGGGCGCGAAGGAGGAAGGUGGCGAAGGGGGAGAAGAGCAUGCUGAGGAACACACAGAAGAGCACCCCGCUGAGAAUGCAGAGGAGAAGAAGGAGGGCGAAGCGAAGGAAGACGAAGCUGAGGAGACAGGUGUAGCAGACGCUGAAGCGAAGGAGUAA